AUGGCAUCCACAACUAUUCUUGCUGCCCUCCUCAUCCUCACUUGGUUCAGCCUCGUCCUCCUCAUCCUCCUCCUUAUCCUCACUGUCUUCUAUCUCAAAGACACCUACUCCCUCAGCGUUCACAUUGCACAACGCCCUGUCACACCCCUCACCAACAAAACCCCCGAGCGGCCUGCCAACGGAGUACAAUGCCCCCACCUCCUCCUUCUAGCCCUCUUGGGCUUCUUCCUCACCACCCUCCUGUCCAUCCUUGCCCUCACCCUCAUCAUCCUCCUCACCCUUUGCACCACACUCCGACACCUCAAAUGUGAACAUCAGUGGGUGUUCAACAUCACCACCACUGUCCAGUGCCCCCUCCUGCAUACCACCACUAAUCUCCCAGUCAUUGCCUCCAACUGGGAUCCCAACAAUCCCACUCAAGUGUACUUUGAGCACAUUAGGGAGCAUCAAGAUUAG